AUGUGGUCGAUGAAUUUCUUUUUUCGAAAGUAUAAUCCUAUUCUUUAUAUUAUUAUAUCAGUAUGCAUUUUAUAUAUUCUCGUUCGUUUCUCCACAAUCUUACCUACAUUUCAAUAUACUGCAUUAUUACAUAGUAGUAUUUCAACAGCUAAACCGAAAUCUUAUCAUUUCUUAUCUACGAAGAAACUUAACAGCACUGAGAACGCCAUCUAUUAUCGUCAUGCAACUUCAAAUCGAAAUUCUUCAUAUCCAUAUAUCAGUGGUGAUACAUUUCGAGCAUUUUCUGAUUAUGUUUAUGAUGAAACAAAGCGGGAUACAUUAAAUUCAGUUAAAUAUGGAGAGAUUAUUUUUGUAAAAGCUGAUAUGAUUGCACCAUUUUUUGGUCCACCAUUUAAUUCUAUAGAAAAACCAUUUGUACUUGUUACACAUAAUAGUGAUGCAUUUGCACCAAAUAACUAUCAAACAUAUUUAUCAAAUCCGAAAAUACUUAUUUGGUAUGCAUCUAAUCCUAGUGUACAAAAUCAUACAAAAUUAUCUCCUAUUCCUAUUGGAAUAGCCAAUAUGCGUUGGCCACACGGAAACUUAGAUAAAUUAACAUCUGCCAUGAAAAAUGAUCGUAAACCUUGGUCUCAACGAACAAUUUUACUUUAUGUUAACUUUGAUGUCGGAACAAACGGCGCUGAACGAAAAAAAGCAUUAUCACAAGCAUCAACAAUACAAAAUACACAAAUAAUGAAAAAUCGGAUUCCAUUCGAAACUUACUUACAACACGCAGGAAAUGCAAAAUUUAUUCUAUCACCACGUGGUAAUGGACUUGAUUGUCAUCGAACAUGGGAAGCUUUUCUAAUGGGUGCUGUACCUAUAGUUCGUAAAUCGGAACUAGACCCUUUGUUUGUAAAAACAAGAUCAGUUAUUAUUGAUGAUUGGUCAGAAUUGACAGAAAAGUUUUUAUUAUCAUUGAAUUUCUCGAAAAAUGAUGAUAUUGUACCUGAUGUUUCAUAUGCUCAAUAUUGGUAUGAAAAGCUUUUCCAACAUCGACAUAAUUAG